AUGCUUAAGCCUAGCCCAGCGGUUGUUGAUGCUCUAGCAGCGUUGGAGGGGGAGGGCGAGGAGAAGAGAGGGAGAACAGGAGAGAAGGAGCAGUGGAGGCUGACAGGUGCCGAGCUGGUGAAUCCGGAGGGGGAGAACGGGCAGGCAGGAGCAGCAGGAGCAGCGGCAGGAGCAGCAGGAGCAGCGGCAGCAGGAGCAGCGGCAGCAGCAGCAGCAGCAGUGUCGUCGCAGGCGUGGCGGGGACUGAUGGACGCUCAGGUUGAUGUGAUGAGUGUGUCUCGCCCUCUCUCCUCGCACCCCUUCCUGCACACCACCUUCACCCCCAGCGACUACUCCACUGAGUUUUACAUUAUACGGCACGGGGAGGCAGCACACAACGUGUCGUCUCUCAUAGGAGGCCGCUCCCACGACGCUCCCUUGACAGCGCUGGGGCAGCAGCAGGCGAAGCUGCUGGGGGCGUACCUGCGGGAAUACACCGGACUGCGCUUCGAUGCCAUCUUCUCCUCGCCCAUUGAGCGCUCCAAGCAGACCGCCAUCCUCGUGUGCCAGGAGAUAGGAGAGGAUGAGAGCCGCAUCAAGUACUCAGACGAGCUGCAGGAGCUGUCGCAGGGGACGUGGGAGCGGCAGCCGCGGCGGAGCAUCUACCAGCAGGGCGUGCUGGAGCAGAUGACCGCCGCGCAGCCUGACUUCCGCGCCCCUGGGGGGGAGUCCCAGCGCCAGGUGGAGUUCCGCAUGGUGGAGUUCAUCAACAGUGUGCUCUUCGCCCGCCAGCACCUCAUCUCCCCGGGCCCCGCUGCCCUCGCUGCCGCUCACUGCCUCGGCCUCCACACAAGCCACUCCGCACCCUCCCUGCACCUCCUCGCCUCCCCUCCCCCACCCGCCGCUUCUUCCUCCUCGAAGGAGAAAGGGCUGAUGUCAGAAGGUGGAAGCAGAGGCUGGGAGAGGAUUGGCGUCGCUAUUCAUGCAGAGAGUGUGGUCGUGCAGUGUGUGAGAGGAUAA